GCCAUUCUGGGCAUUCAGAUUUGCCACGCUAUACACUCCCAUCACUUCAAAUAUACGUCGCCUUCUCAAUACACUUGGUCUUGAGGAACAAGAUCGUCAGCCACCGCACUUGCAUCACUCGCAGGCACUCAUCUCAAACCCUGCUUUCACGUUUUUUAAGUUGAGUGCACGGAGGUGCAGCUUGUCACAUACAGAGGCAAAUCCAUUCGCCUUUGAAAUCCACCAUGGCGACGCCCUCUUCACCUCGCGUCGUCAUUAUCGGCGCCGGCAUUGUCGGUGUCAACGUCGCCGACGAGCUGGUCUCGCGCGGCUGGACCAACAUGACAGUCCUGGACAAGGGCCCCCUGCGCAUGCCUGGCGGCUCAACAUCACAUGCUCCCGGCCUCGUCUUCCAGACCAAUGUCUGCAGGACAAUGACACAAUUUGCCCGCUACACAGUCGAGAAGCUGUCGGCCCUGUCCAAAGACGGCCAGAGCUGCUUCAACCAGGUCGGCGGCCUCGAGAUCGCCACCACGCCCGAGAGAGCGCAGGAUCUCAAGCGGAAGCUCGGCUACGCGCAUUCGUGGGGCGUUGACGCGCGCAUCAUCAGCAAGGAGGAAUGCUGCAAGCUGUACCCGGGCUUGAACCCUGACCUGGUGCUGUCUGCUCUGCAUGUCCCUUCUGACGGGCUGGCCCUGGCUGCCCGUGCCGUGCAGCUGCUCAUCGAGCGCACCCAGGCCGCCGGUGUCCAGUAUCACGGCAUGACGGAGGUGACGGGCAUCGAGCGGGCGGAUGGCAAGGUGACUGGCGUCAUCACGGGGGAGACCACGAUCCCGGCCGAUAUUGUCAUCUCCUGCGCGGGAUUCUGGGGUGUCGAGGUCGGUGCCAUGGUCGGACUGCCGGUGCCACUGCUGCCCAUGGCACACCAGUACGUCAAGACGACUCCUGUGCCCAAGCCAACGACAAAUGGCGUCAACGGAGUGAACGGCACUCACCACGUCAACGGCGUGAAUGGAGUCAACGGCACCCAUGUCAACGGCACCAACCCUCACUCCAGCUCGGCUACCCUCCCCAUUCUCCGCUACCAGGACCAGGACCUCUACUACCGCGAGCACGGCGACCAGUACGGCAUCGGCUACUACGGCCACAAGCCCAUGCCCGUCGUGGCCGCUACCCUGGGCAGCACUCCCGAGGACGUUGACGACAAGAAGAUGCCGUCUCGCCUCGACUUCACCGAGGAAGACUUUGCGCCGGCCUGGAAGCUGUCCCAGGAGCUCCUGCCUGCUCUCCGGGACACAGAGAUCGCGGACGGCUUCAACGGCCUCUUCUCCUUCACCCCUGACGGUGGCCCGCUGGUCGGCCCGUCGCCCACCCUCGACGGCUUCUACGUCGCCGAGGCCGUCUGGGUCACCCACUCGGCCGGAGUCGCCCGCGCCCUGGCGGAGCUGCUCGUGGACGGCAAGUCCAAGAUCGACCUCGCCGCGUGCGACAUUUCGCGCUUCGAGCAGGUCCAGCUCAGCCCGGCCUACGUCCAGGAGACGUCGUCCCAGAACUUUGUCGAGGUCUACGACAUCCUGCACCCCCUGCAGCCGCGCGAGUCGCCGCGCAACCUGCGCGUGUCCCCCUUCUACGCGCGCCACGCGCAGCUCGGCGCGUACUUCCUCGAGGGCGGCGGGUGGGAGCGGGCGUACUGGUUCGAGGAGAACGCGAGGCUGCUGAAGGAGCUGCCCGAGGAGUGGCGGCCCGUGGACCGCGACGCCUGGUCCGCGCGGUACUACUCGCCCAUCGCGGCGGCCGAGGCGUGGAAGACGCGCACCGCCGUGGCCCUGUACGACAUGACCCCCCUGAGGCGCCUCGAGAUCUCAGGCCCGGGCGCCGCCGAGCUGCUCACCCGGCUGACCACAGGCAACGUCUCGCGCAAGCCCGGCGCCGUCACGUACACGCUGCUCCUCGAUGCCCAGGGCGGCGUGAGGAGCGACAUCACCGUCGCCAGGGUCGAGCAGGAGCUGUACCAGGUCGGGGUCAACGGGCCCGUCGACACGGCCUAUUUCACGCGCGAGGCGGCCAUCCAGACCCGGGCCAAGCCCGAGCGCUCCGUGUAUGUCCGCGACAUCACGGGCGCCACGUGCUGCAUUGGCCUCUGGGGCCCGCUGGCCCGCCAGGUCAUCAGCGCCGUGACCCCGGACGACUUCUCCAACAAGGGCCUGACGUACUUCCGGUGCAAGAAGACGUUCAUCGCCGGCGUGCCCGUGACCGCCAUGCGGCUCUCGUAUGUCGGCGAGCUCGGCUGGGAGCUGUACGCGUCGGCCGAGAACGGCCUGCGGCUGUGGGACGCGCUGUGGAAGGCCGGCCAGCCGCACGGCAUCAUCGCCGGCGGGCGGCAGGCGUUCAACUCGCUGCGCCUCGAGAAGGGCUUCCGCUCCUGGGGCACCGACAUGACCACCGAGCACGACCCGUUCGAGUCCGGGCUCGACUUCGCCGUCAAAAUGGACAAGGCGGCCGACUUUGUCGGCAAGGCCGCGCUCCAGGGCCGCAGCAAGGAUACCGUCUCGCGCAGGCUGCGGUGCCUGACCGUCGACGACGGGCGGUCCGUGGUGAUGGGCAAGGAGCCCGUGUUCGUCGGCGGCGAGGCCCAGGGCUAUGUCACCAGCGCCGCGUUUGGCUUCACCAUCCGCAAGCCCGUCGCGUACGCGUAUCUGCCCGCGGCCGUGCAGGAGGGGGACCCGGUCGAGAUUGAGUACUUUGGAGAGCGGAUCAAGGCUACCGUGACGCAAGAGCCGCUGUACGAUCCCUCCAUGAGCCGCUUACGUGGUUGAUCAGCUACUUUCGAUGUUUAGUUUGUCUUCUUAGCAUGUUAUAGUUUUUUCAUACUUUCGGCUUCUCCGGAUACCACUAAUCUGACCAGUAAACCCCGUUUCCCAAGUAUGUCGUUGUACCUGCC